UGGAUGCAUGUAUUUUAAAUAUAGACACUUAUCAUUUUUGUGCCUAUAUUUCUCUAAAUGAAAUUGAGUUAGAAUGAUGAACUGAUACCUGUCAUAUCUUCGGUAACCAAUAAUUUAAGCUUCAGGUGUUUGUCAUAAGCUAAGUGUACUUUUACGCGAUACUUCUGGAAAAUUCACAACGCUUUAGCUGCCAUAUCGCAAAUAUUUGUUGCUUAUCGAGAGUAAGGGCAGCAGUUCUUUACAUUGUAACAUAUCUUGUUUCAGCUCUGGAUAUUGAACACAGAAAAGCACGGAAGAGGAAGUAGUAAAUCGUGGUAUAUUGCUGAGCAGUGGAACUCAAUCAUUUGUAAACAUGGCUGGCGUACCUUAUAAAACGGAGAAACCUAUUACUCUCGACAAUACUGAGCAUCGCAUUCGUAUCACUCUCACUUCGCAGAAUGUGUAUUCGCUGGAGAAAGUUUGUGAACAGCUUAUCAAUGGAGCAAAAGAAAAGAAUCUUGUUGUGAAAGGACCAAUUCGCAUGCCUACGAAAAUACUUCGUAUCACAACACGUAAAACACCGUGUGGUGAAGGCUCAAAAACUUGGGAUCGGUUCCAGAUGCGGAUCCAUAAACGUCUGAUCAAUAUGCAUAGUCCAAGUGAUGUAUUGAAACAAAUAACAAGUAUUUCGAUCGAACCUGGUGUUGACGUAGAAGUUACUAUCAACGAUUCCUAAUUUGUCGGAAAAUAAUUGUUGUGCGACUGUGAAAGUCUGGAAAUAGACUAAUUUUUAUUUAUGAUGUCACAUAAGUAAAUGACGUUACUAGUUGUUGUUAUGGGAAGAGUGAUUCAUUCGAAGUUUGUUUUGUCUUUGAUCUUGUUUUUUUAAAGUAAUAAAUGCAAUUUUUUGUCGUUCAUCAUUUUUUAUUCUGUACUGAUCAGUAAAGGAACCUUGUUUUAGUACGUCUGGUUGUAUUAAUACAGGACGUGAGA